UUCCGCACUCAGCAAACACGCAGCUUGCUCUCGGCAUGCACCUCGCAUAUCUCAUCCUCACCGUCUUCCUGGCCCAGCUCCUGGGUGCCACGGGGCAGGACACGGUCACCCAGGAAGAUGGAGCAGUCACUGUGAAGCAGGGACAGCCCUUCCACACCACCUGCAAAUACCAGAGCAGUAUUUUCAGGGGAUUGCUCUGGUACCAGCUGCAGAGAGGCCAAGCCCCACAGCUGGUCUCAUAUCAAUCAGGGAGUGGCCCCAGGCACAGCGGCCGUAUCAGCACGCACCUGAACACCACGGGCAAAUACAGUGUCCUGCAGCUGGAGGAAGUGGAGCUCUCUGACAGUGCCUUGUACCUCUGUGCUCUGCAAGACACUUCAGGCUCUGGCUACGGCAAGCUGACCUUUGGCUCAGGGACCAGGCUGUCCAUCCAGCCCAAAGUUACUCCAUCUCCCUCAGUCUACAGGCUAACCUCCAAAGAUGACCAGGGUCUGGAAAUGUGCCUUAUCACAGAUUACUCUCCUGAGAAGCUCACUCUGAACACGGCUGAGCAGCACACGUCUGCUGUUGUGGAGGUGGCAACCAUGGAGAACAGCCAGGAGUCCAGCUACCUGUCCACCUACUGGGCCAAGAGAGAUGAGCUGCACUGUGGUGCCAGCCACGAGGGCUUUGGAGAGCUGGAGGGCGAGGACCCUGAGAGUGGUGCCAGCGCUGUCUGUGUCACAGGGCUGUCCCUACACUUCAGGACAGAUGAACACUUGAACACAAUGUCUUUGUCACAGCUGGGCCUCAAAAUCGUUCUAAUGAAAGCAAUCAUUUUUAAUGUGCUGAUGACGAUGCUUAUGUGGAAGAAAAAAAAGGACUGAGAGUAACCAGGUGGUGCAGUCCAAACCCAUCUGCUUUGAGAGAUCAUCGUGAGCAAGAGGGAGCUCAGGGAUUAUUCUUUGUGCAAGGGACAUCCCUUGCUGCUCUUACACACCACACCAGCCAUUAUAGUCUAAAUUGCUUUAUUUGCAUUGCUAUAAAACUCCUCAAAAUGAAACAUUUCCAGCAUUCUGCCCUCCAGAUGUCUGGGCCAUUUACCAUACAGUGUCUCUUUUGCAUGAAGCAGACUUUGCUAUAAUUAUACAUUGCCAAGUUGUUACUUGCAUUAAAAUGACAACUUCUGCCUGGAGCAGUGCUGUGUGUUAAAAACUGCCAGCUAAAUAUCAUCUGAAUGGGAAUUUUUCCUAUUUUGGUAGCUUUAGGGUAUUCAUAUCUCUUAGGGUGCACCCCCAGAAACCUUUUCAGGUGCAAAUGAAACACUUUGAAAAGCAAAGGGAGUCUGACUCAAGAUGCACUGUCCUGCCACCCUUUGCUAGAUUAGAGCAAGAUAUCCCAUUUUUUCCCUAAAGGAUGAGCUGCAUGUCUCCCAGAAGUCCCAAAUUCAGUGAAAUUCUCACUUCAAUAUCACAUAAAAUAAAUAUAAAAAAAAAAAUUUAAGUCUAUCUGACCAUAACACCUUCUUAAUUUAAACCAGUUUAAGAUUUGGUUUUGUGUUUAGUAAAAAUACAAACCACUUUUGUUCUUUUUGUUUACUUCUAACAACCUGAGAUCUCCCAAGUUCUUUUUUGUAACAAUUGCAUAAAAAUGUACUGAAAUAUUUACCUGUCCAUGUGUGCCCACCUUGGAAAAGUGCUUGCCUGUGGCAUCUGCAUGCUGCUAAUUCAUGAACUGUGCUGCCACCCCCAAGAUGUCUUGGCAUUUCUUUAGGCUGUUAUUAAACAAUUCUUACAAAA